UGGCGCGUGAGAUCCCGUUCUGCGGCAGUUCAGUUGUGCGGUUUCUUUCGAGGGAAGCGCAAGUCUCAGCGGAUCACGCGGGAAAGAGUAAAGUGACAAUUGGCAACUUAAAAAAAAAAAAUGACAACUUCAUGGAGUGAUCGAUUACAAAAUGCAGCAGAUCUUCCUGCAAAUAUGGAUGGGCAUUCUCUGAAGAAGUAUCGUCGGGAAGCAUAUCACCGGGUUUUUGUGAACAGAAGCCUAGCCAUGGAAAAAAUAAAGUGCUUUGGAUUUGAUAUGGAUUAUACAUUAGCCGUGUAUAAAUCUCCAGAAUAUGAAUCUCUUGGCUUUGACCUGACAGUUGAGCGAUUAGUUUCAAUUGGGUAUCCUCAAGAGCUGCUCAGUUUUGUCUAUGAUCCUGCAUUCCCAACCAGAGGCCUGGUAUUUGAUUCCCUUUAUGGAAACCUGUUGAAAGUUGAUGCCUAUGGGAAUAUCCUAGUAUGUGCACAUGGCUUUAACUUCAUGAGAGGACCGGAGAUCCGAGAGCAGUAUCCUAAUAAAUUCAUCCAGAGGGAUGACACUGACAGGUUUUAUAUUCUAAACACUCUGUUCAAUCUACCAGAAACCUACUUAUUGGCUUGCCUGGUUGAUUUUUUUACUAAUUGUGACAGAUACGCAAGCUGUGAAACAGGUUUUAAAGAUGGGGACCUCUUCAUGUCCUUCAGGAGCAUGUUCCAGGAUGUAAGAGAUGCUGUGGAUUGGGUUCAUUAUAAGGGAUCCCUCAAGGAGAAGACAGUUGAAAAUCUGUCAAAGUAUGUGGUGAAAGAUGGGAAGCUACCUCUGCUGUUGAGCCGUAUGAAUGAAGUGGGGAAAGUGUUCCUUGCUACCAACAGUGAUUAUAAAUACACUGAUAAAAUUAUGACAUACCUAUUUGAUUUUCCACAUGGACCAAAGCCUGGCAGCUCUCAUCGGCCAUGGCAAUCAUACUUUGAUCUCAUACUUGUGGAUGCACGCAAGCCUCUCUUCUUCGGUGAGGGCACAGUCUUGAGGCAGGUGGACACAGUUACUGGCAAGCUGAAGAUUGGUACCUACACAGGUCCCCUGCAGCAUGGCAUUGUCUACUCUGGGGGCUCUUCUGAUACAAUCUGUGAUCUUCUGGGGGCCAAAGGCAAAGACAUUUUAUACAUAGGAGAUCACAUCUUUGGAGAUAUCUUGAAGUCCAAGAAACGUCAGGGUUGGAGGACCUUCCUAGUGAUUCCAGAACUUGCACAGGAGCUACAUGUCUGGACAGACAAAAGCUCCCUUUUUGAAGAACUUCAGAGUCUAGACAUCUUCUUAGCAGAACUAUACAAACAUUUGGAUAGUAGCAGCAAUGAACGCCCAGACAUCAGUUCCAUCCAGAGACGUAUUAAGAAAGUGACACAUGAUAUGGAUAUGUGCUAUGGAAUGAUGGGAAGCCUGUUCCGGAGUGGCUCACGACAGACACUGUUUGCCAGUCAGGUGAUGCGCUACGCAGACCUUUAUGCAGCGUCUUUUAUCAACCUCCUAUAUUACCCCUUCAGUUAUCUCUUCAGAGCUGCCCAUGUGCUGAUGCCACAUGAGUCAACUGUGGAGCAUACUCAUGUGGAUAUCAAUGAGACAGAAUCACCAAUGGCCACACGCAACCGCACUUCAGUGGAUUUCAAAGAUUCUGAUAAACGGCACCAGUUGACCCGAUCUGUUAGUGAAAUCAAGCCUCCUAAUCUCUUCCCUCAAGCUCCCCAAGAAAUCACACAUUGCCAUGAUGAGGAUGAUGAUGAAGAAGAAGAGGAGGAGGAGGAGGAAGAAUAGAGAAGAAAUGUGGACAACUUGACAUACAGCAUGGCUGUAGCAGUGAUUGACAGGAACAGACUCCCACUUCAGAAACCUGGGAUUAGGGUUGGGGGUGAUAACAAAAUUCACACUAAUCAGCAGAUGUAUUCCAAAUGUCAAAAAAAUUGUACUGGACAAGGUAGGACCAGUCACAGGUGCCUAACUCCAUUACUUCACCUGUAGAAUAUGGGAGCGGGGCAUGCUUGUGUGUUCUGCCUCUUCCAUUGCUGCAUUUUGUUAAAACUGCUUCUCAAGGGAUGGUUUGCAGUUAUUGUAGCUAGGGUGUUACAGGCCCUGCAGCACCCCCAGUGGUCCAGUGUCAGUGCAUCAUAAGACCUGGUACCUUUUGAUUCUCAGUUUUAGGACAAAGAUGUAUCCUAAUACCAGAUGUGUGGGAAUUACAGUGAUUCCAGGGCUUAAUCUACCCCUGACAAGCACAACUUGGUUUUUGAAAUGGUUUGUUCUCUAUCCUCAUUAUAGUGGAUUUCUGCUUCUGGUCCUUUUCUGUAAUUGAUGGUUUUAAAAGGCUAUCAUGCUACAUAUUUUUUUAUUAUUAGAUAGCUAGUUUGCCUGCUGAGAUUCUGAAGCUUAUGUUAUCUCCAUCUCUGGCAUGUGAUGCAUGUCUUCUAGGACUUUCUAAAAUGGUCCUUAUGCCAUGUGCUUGUAUUUUGGCCUGAGUCCCUCCCCACUGGCAAGAGACACCUAAACACCAGUAUAUCCUAAAGUGAUAAAAAACCGAAACCAUUUAUGGAGGGGAAAGAAUUGUCUAUACCACCUCUCCUGGCCUUACUGUUGUAAUGCUGUGGACUUUAAAGAAUAUCCUGUAAGCUUCUCAGUGCAGCUGGCAGUCACUAAUCUCUCAUGUGGGGUCCUACUAAAUGAAAAUGCAGGGUCCAGAAGCCUGGACAAAGAGGAAGCAGAGGCCUUCUCCUGGAUGUCCAUGCUACAGCUGCUCUUUACCUCCAUUCCAAGAAUGAGAGUAAUUGAAGGCCUACAGCAUUUGUCUUCUUGUUUAUACCUGAGUCUCAGAGUCUGGCAUGUCAUCCUGUCCAUGAGUUCUGUCUGUUAAGUUGAAAAGCACGUUUCUUCUGGGUUACCCUGUACUGCAAAGAGAGCCUGCUUCUGUCUUCGUGCAAACAGGCAACAUAUACUGUUUCCUGGGGUGCAGCACAUCCCUUAUCAUACUGUGCCAUUCAGGUAUAGGAGAUAGAAAAAGAAGCCCUAUUUUAAGGUAUUUGAUCUUUGUUUUCAAUCAGCUAAUUGUAAUUUUCUUCCAUUAUUAAAGUACAUUGAACUGCAGAAUGGCAGGACAAUCUGGUGCUGUUGUAAAUCUGCAGAUUAAUAAAUUAUGGGGUUUCAUAAUGAA